CGUGCUUACGUACGUCUGAAAGUACAUUGUUGGUGCUGUAAUCAUCAUGAGAACUCUGAUGCUGCUCAUUCUUGGGGUGACCAGUUCCUGGGCCGUGGACUACGAACUGAUGCUCGAGGAUCCGGACAUUUUUGCGCCUUGUACAGAUGGUCCACCCGGGUCUAUCAACGCUCGUCAGGCAGUAAACUUGGACGAUUUUGUGAUCGAACAUGAAUCUGAUAUACUCCACCUCUCCGGCAACGCCACCCUUAUCUGGGAUGUGCGGCCCACCGAUCGGAUUGCAGCUAGGGUUGAUUUGUUGCACUUCAACCGCGGAACCUGGGAGCCCACUAUCUUCAGCAUAUCCAACCAGGACUUUUGCCCCAUCAUGUACGACAAGAAUCAGUACUGGUACAAGUACUGGACACAAUACGUAUCCAAUCAGCACGAAGUGGCAAAGAAGUGUCUUAGAGAGCCAGGUACCGUUUUGGAACACGAGCCCUUCGAUUUAAGGCUUAAAAUUGAAAAUGUUCAUGGCCCUACUCUUCGAGGACGUCAUAAGAUGGUCAUAAAGCUACAGGCUUUCGAUGAGAAGAACAUUCCACGUCCAAAUUCUAUUUGCGUAGAGAUCAGAGGAGAACUUUUAAAGUUAAAAUAGUGGAUGUAAUUGAAGGGCGUUUAUGACAAUGGAUUAUUUAUAAUAAUUAAUCCACUGAUUACGUCGACUAUAUAAAUUGUUACAAAGAUUUUUUUAUGGAAGUCCAGAAAGCCAAUCUACGAAAAGUUCCUUUCAUUUAUUUUAAUUUUGAGAAAAGUUAUAUUUUUAGAUGAUUACUAAUAAACCUCGAUUUUCUUCCCAAAUUAA